CCUCCAACCAUCCCCAUCUUAGGAAACCUACACCAGCUUCCUAAGACCGGGGCCUUCAUCAAACUCACAGAAUGGGCCCAGCAAUACGGAGGAAUAUAUUCCAUAAAAAUAGGAUCAGGGACCUCCAUCGUCCUCACAGACCGCCACCUUGUCCGCGAACUCAUCGACAAAAGAAGUUCCAAAUAUAGCCAGCGCCCUCCAUCGUAUGUAUCCGAUAACCUAAUCACCCAAGGCGAGCACAUGCUCGUAAUGCAAUAUGGGCCGCUAUGGCGUGUUUUCCGCAAACUCGUUCAUCAGAAUUUCAUGGAGUCGGUCGUGGAGAAGGAUUAUGUUCCGGUGCAGAAUGCCGAGGCUGUCCAGAUGCUCUUCGAUUUUUGCCAGCGGCCGGAUCAACAUAUGCUGCAUCCGAAGAGGUUUAGUAACAGUGUUGCUAUGAGUAUAAUUUUCGGUAUGCGGACGCCUAGCUUGGAUACGCCACACAUGACUCGUUUAUAUAAUAUUAUGGACGACUGGGUCCAAUUAAUGGAACCUGGCGCCACACCACCCGUCGACAUAUUCCCGAUCUUCCACUGGCUCCCACAACGCCUCUACAACAACUGGACAAAGACUUCAAAAAGACUCGGAUCAAACAUGGACUCACUAUACAGCAGCCUAUUAUCCCAUGUUCGAACGCGCCGUGCAAACCCCACAUACCCCCGCACCACCGUGAUGGACUCUGUUCUGGACCAGAGCGAGAAACUCGGUCUGACAGACCAUCAGAUCUACUUUCUCUGCGGAGUCUUGAAUGAGGGGGCUUCUGACACGACCGCAACAGCUAUCCAGUCUUUCAUCCACGCUAUGAGCAAAUGGCCGGAUAUUCUGCGCAAAGCGCAGAGCGAGGUUGAUAGCAUUGUUGGCGAAGAUAGAACGCCUGUUUGGGAGGACUAUGCCCGUCUGCCGUAUGUGGCUAUGACGGUUAAAGAGGCUAUGCGUUGGAGGCCGGUUCUUCCGCUUGCUUUUCCGCAUGCUGUUACGGAAGAUGAUUGGGUCGGCGGCUAUUUUAUUCCUAAAGGCUCGACGGUCAUAGUUAAUGUGUGGGGCCUUCACCGUGACGCGGCAUAUUUUUCUAAUCCAGAUGUCUUUGAUCCGGAUCAUUUUAAAGGAAAGACGGCGAUUGCUCCGCAGUUGGCGAGUGUUCUUGACGUUGAUCAGCGUGAUCAUUAUGGGUAUGGAGCUGGGCGGAGGAUUUGUCCUGGGAUGCACCUUGCAGAGCGUAAUCUGUUCCUGGCGAUUGUGAAGCUCAUUUGGGCCUUUGAUAUUGGGCCCGGGGUGGAUGAGAAGACUGGUUUGCCUGUUGAUGUUGAUAUUGGCCCGCAGACUGGGUAUAAGGAGGGGCUGGUUCUCGGUGCGAGGCCGUUUGCUUGUCGGGUAUCAGUCAGGUCGACCGCGAGGAAGGAUACGAUUGUGCGGGAGUUCGAGAAGGCGAGCGCGGAGAUUUUUUCGAAGUAUGACUUUUGA